UCGUGUACAACAAUGGCUGAAGAUAACGAGUGGGUGAAGAAUGUGAGCGAAGAACUGAAGCAAAUGGGAGAUUCGUCAUCCGAAAUGGAACAAUGGAAGAAGCGAUCCAUUUACCGAGUUCCGUCUUGCGUGACGGAUCUGAACAAGAAAGCGUACCAACCGCAAUCGGUCUCUUUCGGGCCGUACCAUUUUGGAGAACCGAACUUGGAAGCCAUGGAAGAAAACAAACAUCGAGCUCUUCUUCACUUCUUGAAAAGAUACAAGAAGCCCUUCAAAUGUUAUGUGGAUGCUGUGAUGGAGGUGGUGGACGAUCUUCGCCAUUCGUACAGUUCGCUGGAUCAGAAAUGGAAUCAAGAUACAUGCGGUUUCGUGAAGAUGAUGAUCUUGGAUGGGUGUUUCAUGCUGGAAAUCUUGCGUACAGCAACUACUCAAGUUGGUGAUAGUGAGAAUCCGGAUGAUGAUGUUGAUGAUUAUGCUUCUAAUGAUCCUAUUUUCAGCAACCAUGGAAAGCUCUACAUUAUGCCGUACCUCAAGCGAGAUAUGCUCAUGCUCGAAAACCAGUUGCCGAUGUUGCUUCUUAACAAGAUCGUUGCUGUUGCGAAAGACGAGAAGGACCCGAACCAGCAUGAUGAUGAAUUCGUGAACAAAAUGAUGCAAAAGUUCUGCUCCCCGAACACUCGAAUCACAAAAAUGGGCAAAUGCCUGCAUCCACUCGAUGUCUACAGAAAGGGCCUACUAUGGGAGAAUCCACACCACAAGAAGAAACCGAUCACGAAAUCGUACCAUCGACUAGUCAUCGAAGAAGGUGAAGAGAUCGUCAGAUCCGCCACCGAGCUAUACGAAGCCGGGAUCCGUUUCAAGAAAACCAAAUCCAGAAGCCUGAAAGGCAUAUCUUUCCAUGGCGGCGUGUUGAAGCUUCCGCCGGUGAUGGUGGACGAUGCAACAGAAUCGUUGUUUCUGAACCUGAUAGCUUUCGAGCGACUCCAUGUUGGAGCCGGGAACGAGGUGACGUCAUACAUAUUCUUCAUGGAUAACAUCAUCGAUCACGCCAACGACGUCAAUCUUCUGCAUUCCCAAGGUAUAAUCCAGAAUGCGAUCGGUAGCAAUAAGGCGGUGGCUAAACUGUUUAACUCGCUGUCGAAGGAUAUCACGUUGGAGCCAGAGAGUGAACUGGAUAUCGUGCAUAACCAGGUGCAUAAUUACUGCAAGAAACCAUGGAACGAGUGGCGAGCGAACCUCAUCCACACCUAUUUCAGAAGUCCGUGGGCUAUCCUGUCGGUUUUUGCAGCGGUUUUGCUUUUCGCACUCACGAUUGUUCAAACAGUCUACACUGUUUUCCCUCACAGUGGCAGUUGAUACCAGUUCUUCUGGUACAUCAUAUGCCCCUUUAGAAUUCAAUUUUUACUGGGAUUUACCGGGUUAGUUUGGUUUGUUUAACGUAUUUCUGGGAAAGAAUCUUUCUCGAUGCUAAUGUACGAAUGUAAUCUUUUACAUUUUCGAAGAGGUAUUAAAUACACAUUAUUGU